AUGAGCGCACCCCCAAACGGCGUGCCCAAUCCCAACGGCGCCAACCCGCCGCCCCCCGGCGCACCGCCGCUGCGUCGCAAGAAGAAGAAUGCUGAUCCACUGGUCGCCCGCAAGAAGCCCAUACCUAAGCCUCCACCACCCAAACCAAAGGCAAAUGCAAGCUCUUCCAAGCCGAACCCGGCCCGGUCAUUUCACACCCAGCCCAACCUCCUCGGUGUCCAGGCUCCCAAGGUCGACCAGAAGACCCAGGAGGAAUGGAAGCAGCGCCGUCGUCAGAACGGUGGCUGGUGGGACCCCCCUCCAGCGGCCCCGGAUUUUAAGGAGUACCCCGUGUACAUCACCAAGAAGGAUAUCAAAGAAGGGCUGCGCUCUCACAUCAUGCGUUUUGCCAAGGCUCGCGGCGGUGGUGUCACUGACAUCAUGAACGAUUCCGAGUUCGCGCGUCCAGUCACUCUCCAUCGGAAGGAUGCUCGCAGCCUGAACGUCACGCAGGCCAACAAGGAAGGAAGCCCAAGCCCAACACCAGUGGACCCGGUCGAAGCCGAGCGCCUUGAAAAGGCCAAGCUCGAGAAGGAGGCUCAACGAGCGAGCGAUCAAGCUCAGAUUGCGCCUGUCGCCGCCAAGGAUAUCGUUUCCAAGAAACAGCCUCAGAAGCAGGAGAAGACUAGCACCCAGACCUUCUAUGCCAAGAGGAGCGACGCGCACAAGAAAGAGUCAACGAUCCGCUAUGAGGAAUCACUGCCCUGGGUUCUGGAAGACGCCGAUGGUAAGAGCACUUAUGUGGGCGCUUACACGGCCGCACUUUCUGAGAGCAUGGCGGCCUUGCAAUAUGAGAACGACAAGUGGCGGUUGAUACCACUGGAGAAAUUCUACAAGUUCACCCACAAGCCACCCUUCAAGACCUACUCAAUCGAGGAAGCCGAGAAGUUGAUGGGCAAAAAGGUGGUCCAAGGCCGUUGGGCUAUGAGAGAUGGUGAGAGGGACAAGCUGAAGGAGGAGAUGGCGGCUACGAGGAACGCGUUGACGGGAAGGGCAAAGGUCAAGACGGAGAGCGAUACCUUUAGGGCAGCUGCGCGGUCCGAAAAGCAGGAACAUGACGACCUCGACAUGUCAGGGGACGAGUUCCAGGAUGACGACGAGAAUCCAAACAUGGAGCCGGAUAACGACGAAGAUGUCAAGGAAUCUCGGGAGCGAGUCCGUCGUGAGCAGCUAGGUGCAAACCUCUUUGGAACAGCCGAUGAGCAGGCUCUUGAGGCAGAGCUGAGACGAGAAUUGAUGGAAGAGGAGGCCAGAAGGAUUCAUGGCAAGGGCAUUGAGAAGAAUCUCAUCAAAAUCGACAAGAACAUGCUCUACAAGCAGGACAGAGAGGAUUCGGACAACCUGCUUUCCUCGUCUGAGGACGAUUCCGACGAAGAAAAGGAGGUUAAGCAGGAAGAUGGCGAGAAGGCGGCCGCAGACGCGGCAUCCGGAAGCACUGCCAAGGGAGCAGGCCCUGCCUUGGGUAAGCCGAAGUCACUUCCUGAUGGCAAGAAGGGCAAGAGCCUCAAGCGUCCUGGCUCUCCAAACCUCUCCGAAAUGGAGUCCAGUGGGAAUGAGUCCUCCCGAAAGAGGGCCAAGAAGCAGGCGACGGGUUCUGUUCAGGGCAGUCGUUCGUCGACUCCUUUGCCUAGUUCGCAACGCGCCAAGCUUGCCGCAGGUGCCAUGAGCGAUGGUGAGGCUACCGGUGGAGAGAUGUCGGAUGCUGGUCGUGCAAAGAAGAAGGGCCACAAGGUCACGGUGGUGAGCGGUACUCAUGGCAAGGGCACUCCCACAGGCUCUCGAGCCGGCAGUCCUGCCCCAGCUGCGGGUCAGACUCCUUCAGGUUCUCAAUCGCCCACUCGUCGUGUUUUCGACUUCUCCCAGCCCCAGGGACCUGUCAGUGUGAGUGACGUUGCGUCGGCCAUCCUGAGUCAGCAGCCACCGGGUGUGCCCAUAGGCAAGUUGCUCACACAGUUCGGCAAUCGCAUUGGCGACGGUCAGAAUCAGACCCCUAGGUCGACUUGGAUAUCGUACGUCAAGCAGGUCGCUAAGUGGGGGCCUAACAAGCUCUUGCAAAUCACUCCUCAGGGACGAACAUAUCUGCCUCCAUCUUGA